UGGAUUAAUGACGGACACAAUUUUUCAGAUGAUUUUCGGAAAUUUCAGAAGUCGGUUAUUGAAAAAUUAAAAACUGAUCCAACUUUAAGCUAUGCAACCGACGUUGAAUCUAUAAUUGCUUUAUCAAGCAUAAUGAUAUUAAGAAAAAACAAAAAACCAGCUUAUGUUUUGCGUACUGAGAAUGAGUGGCGAAUGGCGUUUUCGCAUAUUAUCUAUAAAUUUAAGAUGCCAACCCUUAUCCAAGUCACAGUAUGUUCAUAUAUGCAGCCUUUAAUGAGAGGUGAUUUGACAGAAUUUGAAGACUUGUGGAGGCAGAACUGGA